AUGCGUGGAAGGUCGUUUGGCCUUUUGGGUUUUAGGAUGUGAGUGGGGCGCAUUGGGCGAGAAAAUUGGAAUGGCUUCGCCUUCCAGCCGCUGUGCCCUUUGUGGCAAGCAGGCCGGGGCUGCUGAGAAGGGUUCGGAAUUUGUGACAAUGAGGGAUGUGAGUGGGGCGCAUUGGGCGAGAGGAGUGGAAUGGCUUUGCUUUCCAGCCACUUUGCCGUUUGACUCGAGUGGGGCAUUCGUUUUGGAGGAGAGGCGGCCGGUCUGUGGUGCCUUGCGGGUGGGCGAGUGGGAGUGGGAGGGUGGUUUGUUUGCGGUUGGAGACUUGUUGAUUUGCUGCUGUGUAGGUGCGUGGAAGGGUGUUAGGCGUUUUGGGUUUCAGGAGGAGUGGGGCAUAGGUUUUGGAGGAGAGGCGGCCGGUCUGUGGUGCAUUGUGAGUGUCCGCAUUGUCAGUUGGAUCGCAGUUGCAGAUGUGAGCAGUGCGCAUUGGGCAAGAGAAUUGGAAUGGCGUCGCUUUCCAGACGCUUUUGCUGAGUGGGGCAUAGGUUUUGGAGAAGAGGUGGCCGGUCUGUGGUGCCUUGCGGGUGUGAGCGUUGUCAGGUGGAUCGCAGUUGCAGUGCGUGUUGGUGCUGCAGCAAGCAGGGCGGGGCUGUUGAGGAUGGUGCGGGGAGUUGUGACUUCGCAGCUGCGCAGUGUGGUUGUAUUGUGUUUUGUUGGUGUGCGUAGAGGGACGUUUGGAUGUGUGCAAGAUGUAAGUGGCGUACAUUGGUCGAGAGAAGUGGAAUGGCUUCGCUUUGAAGCCGCUUUGCCGUUAGUGGGUGCGAGGCAGGCCUUCACAGCUGCGCAGCUUGGUUGUGUUAAGGUGCGUGGAAGGGUGUUUCACAUUUUGGAUUUUAGCUGCCGGGUCGCUGUUUUUGUUUGUGUUGGUGCUGCAGCAAGCAGGGCGGGGCUGUUGAGAAAAGUUCGGAAUUUGUGCCAAUCAGGACACGUGCUGGAGCUGGUAUUGGAGUGGGGCAUAGGUUUUGGAGGAGAGGCGGCCGGUCUGUGGUGCCUUGCGGAUCAGGGCGGGGCCGUUGAGAAGGGUUCGGAAUUUGUGACAAUGAGGAUACGUGCUGCAGCUGGUGUUGCCAGGCAGCCUUCGCAGCUGCGCAGUGUGGUUGUGCUGUGGUUCGCUGGUGUGUGGGGAGGGGCGGUCGGAUGGAGCGGGGCUGUUGAGAAGGGUUCGGAAUUCGUGACAAUGAGGAUACCUGCUGCAGAUGGUGUUGCUGGUGCGUCACGGGCGUUGGACGAGAGAAGCGGAAUGGUGGAGCUUUUGAGCCGCUUUGCAGUUUUGGUUGCGAGUCAGGCCUUCGCAGCUGCGCAGUAUGGUUGUGAGUGUGCCAUCGGUUUUGGAGGAGAGGCGGCCGGUCUGUGGUGCCUUGCGGGUGGUAGCGCUUUCAGCCGCAUCGCUGUUGCAGUGCGUGGAAGGGUGUUAAGCGUGUUGGUGUUUAGGAUAGGGACGUUUGGAUGCGUGCAAGAGUGGGGCAUAGGUUUUGGAGGAGAGGCGGCCGGUCUGUGGUGCGUUGCGGGUGUGAGCGUUGUCAGUUGGAUCGCAUUUGCAGUGCGUGCAGGAGUGCUUGGCCUUGUGAUUUUUAGGAUGGGGCCGCUAGGAUGCGUGCAGAUGGAAAGUUGUGUUUGUAUUGCAGGAGUGGGGCAUAGGUUUUGGAGGAGAGGCGGCCGGUCUGUGGUGCCUGGCGGAUGUGAGCGAGUGGGCCAUAGGUUUUGGAGGAGAGGUGGCCGGUCUGUGGUGCCUUGCGGGUUGUACGUGCUGCAGUUGUUGUUGGUGGGCAGUGAUUUGCUGGUUCGGCUGGACGGAAGAGCGUAUGCAUUCAUGUUCAGCGCUGAGUGGGAGUGGGAGGGUUGUUUGUUUGCCGUUGGUGAGUUGUUGAUUUGCGGCUAUGCAGAUAAGAAGCUCUGUUUGUAUUGCAGGAGUGUGGCAUAUUUUUUGGUGGAGAGGCGGCCGGUCUGUGGUGCGUUGCGGGUGUGA